GGAGCAGUGGAGCUGAGGCAGACAUGGCGGCCGAUCCACAGCCGGAGUGGCUCUCCUGCCUUCCCUCUUCGUGGAGUUACGGGGUGACGCGGGACGGACGCAUUUUCUUCAUCAACGAAGAAGCCAAGAGCACAACCUGGUUGCAUCCUGUUACUGGAGAGGCGAUAAUCACGGGCCACAGAAAAACUCCAGAUUUACCCACAGGAUGGGAGGAAGGAUACACCUUUGAAGGAGCCCGCUGCUUCAUCAAUCACAAUGAGCGGAAGGUGACCUGUAAACACCCGGUGUCAGGCGUCCCCUCCCAAGACAACUGCAUCUUUGUUGUAAAUGAACAUGUGAAUUGUGGAAAACUUGUCCACCCUGACAAGCCCGUAGAGGCUCUGAGCAGACCUGCUGCCAAGCCUUCUUCAGAACAGGGCAGCGUUGGGGACAAGAAGGAGCGUCCCACCAGCACCAUGAGUGAAGCGUCCAACUACACGGGGGGCUCGGACUACAGCACCUUCCAUGGAAGCCCUGCCACUACUGUCACCACAGCAACCACCACCACAUCUGCCUCAUCCACACGGCCCUCUAGGUCUUCAAAAAAAGUCCACAACUUUGGAAAAAGGUCCAACUCCAUCAAGAGGAAUCCCAAUGCACCAGUGGUCAAAAAUGGCUGGCUUUACAAACAGGACAGCACAGGAAUGAAGCUUUGGAAGAAAAGGUGGUUUGUUCUGUCAGACAUGUGCCUCUUCUACUAUCGUGAUGAGAAGGAGGACACCAUCCUGGGGAGUAUCCUUCUGCCCAGUUUCCACAUCUCCAUGUUGUCAGUGGACGAUCACAUCAGCAGGAAAUAUGCCUUUAAGGCCACCCACCCCAACAUGCGGACCUACUACUUCUGCACAGACACGUCCAAAGAGAUGGAGUCCUGGAUGAAGGUUAUGACGGACGCUGCACUGGUCCACAUUGAAACAACCAAAAGAGUGGACAAAUUGAAAGUGGACCAGCGGACGCCUCAGGAACUGAACAACGUACAGAAACACAGAGUCCUGACCCGGCCGGAGAUCCAGAACAAUGAACGCAACCGUGAGCCUGUGCGACAUCAGUCCAUAUCGAGGGCUGAUGAUAAACACCCGAAGGAGUCAGAGAAACGCAACAGCCAGAGGGACCGGGAGUCCUACACCUUACAGAGGGACGGGGACAAGUACUGCCUGACCAAAGACGGGGUCAGCUACAUGCUGCACAAGGAAGGAGACCGGUACCUGCUCCACAAAGACGGACACAAGUACCUGCUGCGACAAGACGGAGAUAAAUACUGUCUGCAGAAAGACGGGGAAGUCUACGCCAUCCACAGGGACCUGGAAAAGUACGCUGUUCAGAAAACGGACGAAAAGUACACAGCGGCACUAGCGCCAGAACCAUCUGGAGAGAAAUACCUCCUCGCAAAGGAUGGAGACAAGUACGGUCUGCAGAACGUGGGGGACCGGCACACACUGCAAAAAGAUGGACAGAAGUACCUUCCACAAAAGGAAGUGAAGAGACAGCUUUCGUUAAAGGAGACAGACAGACGCAGCGCUGCGGGGGACAGUAAAUACGGGACCAUUCAUGUUCUGGACAAAUACGGAACUCUGAAGGAAGUGAAGAAGUACAGUACGCUUCGAGAGGGGGAUACAUAUGCCGCUCUCAGAGAGGCCGAGAAAUACGCCACAGUCCGCGACAGAAAUAAAUGUGGCUUUCAGAGAGACCUGAGUGCAGAGAGGCCUCUGACUAAAAUCAGUAGCAUCAAGUUACAGCCCGCCCAAGCCGCCGCCAUCGCAGCUGCAGUGUCUGCGUCCCGUCAGGGCCAGGCCAACCGCACCCUGCAGAAGCCAGCACAGGUUCACGACUCCAGGUCUAAAGCAGGGGAGCAGGGUCAGGAUCGCAGUCCCACAGAGGUCGAUGGCACCCUGGCAAAGUUCACAGGAAAAGCCCCGGUUCCAGCCCCGGGUCCAGGUCCAGCCCCAGUAGCUUCAGUCCAAGAGGCAGAAAAGGGUCUGACCAGGACUGGCUCCAUGCAACAGCUGGAGCACUGGGUCCGCACACAGAGGACCAGAGGACUAGAUGAUGACAACAGGAGUGUAACGUCGUACCAGACCUUACCCAGGAACAUGCCCAGCCACCGGGCCCAGAUUGUGCCCCGAUACCCUGAGGGCUAUCGGACGUUGCCCCGCAACAGCGUGAUGCGACCUGAAAGCAUCUGCAGCGUCACCGGUUCAGUGUAUGACCGAGCGCUCCACCCAGUGUCCACCGGCACCGUCACCACAGCAGAGAAGAGGAGGUCCAUGAGGGAUGACACCAUGUGGCAGCUGUAUGAGUGGCAGCAGCGGCAGGCCUUCUCCAGGCACAGUAUGGCUCCGCCCACAGCUGCUGCAGUGCAUUAUGGGACCCUUCCCAACACAAAGACCAUGGGCAGCCUGUCCGAACACGCCGUGGCCCACUCCAUCCCCACGUCGCCCUCUCAUGGCUCUCUGGCUCUCUACAGCACCUUGCCCCCCCCAAACCCCCCCACACCCCACUCCGAGGUUUCGUCGCCAGUCUUCAGGGGAGACGUGACCUUAGAUCGGCGGCACCGGACUCACCUCGCCAAGUAUGGAUACCCUCCGGACCGCCGCUCCGUGGCCAUUGGCGUCCCCUCCCAGACCAUCACACCACAGUCACUGCAAGGCAAGACGCCGGAGGAGUUGACCCUGCUGCUCAUCAAACUCCGCCGGCAGCAGGCGGAGCUCACCAGCCUGAGGGAGCACACGGUAGCUCAGCUCAUGGCCCUGGGUUUGGAGGGGCCCAACGCCAAGACUGAUGUUCUUACCCAUCACCUCCAGAGGAACCUUAUUUACCUGGACAGCCAGACGAAGGAGAAUGAACCUCUAAUCUUCAUGAUUCACACUAUGAUUGAGAACUCUGCACCGAGGCCACAACUCUACCAGCAAGUAAGCCCAGACGAGUAUAAAGAUGGCUCCUUCAUUCAGCGCACUGAGGAUGUCGACGUGGAUACCAAGCUGAGCAGACUUUGUGAGCAGGACAAGGCAGUGAAGAUGCAGGAGGAGAAGCUGCAGCAGCUCCACAGAGAGAAGCACACUCUGGAAACGGCGCUGCUGUCUGCCAGUCAGGAGCUGAGUGAACAGAGUGGUUCCAACGGCGCCACUGUGCAGAGUCUGGUCCAGCAGAGGGACGUCCUACAGAACGGCCUCCUCAGCACCUGCAGAGAACUGGCCCGAGUCAACACUGAGUUGGAACGUUCCUGGAGGGACUACGAUAGGUUGGAGACAGAUGUGACUCAGGCCAAGUCCAACCUGCUGGAGCAGCUGGAGGCUCUGGGUAGCCCACAGACAGAGCCUCCAAGCCAGCGGCAUAUCCAGAUCCAGAAAGAGCUGUGGAGGAUCCAGGACGUGAUGGAGGCUCUAGCCAAAAACAAACCACAACGGACCACAAACAGCGGUUUUCCUGGUUCCAAACCACUCUCCAGUCAACAGAAAAAUGAGGCAGUGACGCCGCUGCCUCUUAGUCCUCUCAAGGACGCCAACCCCGUGCCCCCUCGCCCACCCCUGCCGCAAUACUAUGACUCCUCCGAGCGUCCUCCUCAUGUGCCCCCCCACCACUCGCACCCCAGUGGGCGCCUACCCCCCCCUACGCACCGCCCCGAGGACCGCAAACCCGGCACCAGGAACGGCACCCACAGUCAGGCUCCAGACUAUCGCCUGUAUAAGAGUGAGCCUGAGCUGACCACAGUGAAGGAGGAAGUGGACGAAGCCAACGGGGACGACAAGGACAAAGACAAAGACAAGGUGGAAGCAGCUGCUGAAGGCAAAGACGCUGCAGGAUCCAAAGUGCCCCCGUACCCAGUGGGCAUCGUUCCUCCCAGGACCAAAUCCCCCAUGAACCCUCCUGAGUCCUCCACCAUCGCCUCUUAUGUCACACUGAGAAAGACCAAGAAACCUGAAAACAGAUCAGACCGUCCUCAGAGUGCAGUGGAUCAUCUAGGAUUUGGAGAACGAGAGGUUGGAAGAACCAGGAUGAGUGUGGAGGAGCAGUUGGAGAGGAUGAGGAGAAACCAGGAGGCCUCAUGUCUACGAGAGAAGAGGAGAGAAACCCCGUCACGCUCCCCGUCCUUCAGCAAAGACAACCCCUUCAUUAUCCUGCAGAGCCGGGUGCAGGCAGAGGGCUCCUGUGCAGACCCAGUGGAACUGGAGGCAGCUCUGCAGCAGCUGAAGGACCAGCGCAGGACCAACGCCGACACACACCCUGGACCUUCACUGCCCCAGGAGGCUCAGAGAGCAGAGGACGGAAAGAAUGACAAGUGUAAGGAUGUGCAGCAGGACAGGGACGUGAACCUGAAGAACGGAACACCACCACAGGACGAGAACGACGGCAUGGACCAGGUUUGUGAGAGGCAGACAGUGGUGAUCCUGGACCUGGGUCCAGAACCUCAGCAUGUGGACCUGGUCACCCUGCAGUCCUUUGAAGAGGAUGAGAGCAGAGACGGGACCAGCUCACCCACCAACACCACCACCGACAACAGCUUCCAGACUCCUGAACCUGAGACACCAAGUCCAGAGCCGAAGGAGCCUGAUGUGACACCUGCCAGUGAGGAGAAGCUCGAGAAGAGCCUGGAUUCCUACAACCAGCUGACGACAGACGACAAGAAACACAACAACAACAACAACAACAUGUUGGCUUCGCAGACCUUCACCUUGGUGACCAGCGACACAUGAGGCUUCAGUAUCCAAACAGCACCCCCUAGAGCCCAAAUGUAGCCAGCCUGCACUGAGCAUGCUCCGUGGCUUCCUGCGUUUACAACAGAACUGCUUUGAUACUACUGUUCCAUGGCCACAAGGAAGAGAGCAAGUGGAAGGCCAGCACCAGGUCCACGGGCAACCACGACUGUCUGAGAAGGAGACGCAGAUGUCCGUCUGACCAGUAUCUGUCCAUUCCACCUCCGACCAAACACCACCCAUGGAGGUUUAGUCCAAAAACAGAGCAGAUAUAGAAGACUGUGAACAGAUCCAGUCCCAGAACAUGUGUUUGUGUUGAGUUGAUUAAGCCCAGAAGUGUUCUUUAGAGUUCCACCAUGUGUCCAUCUGUACAGAGGAGGAGACAUAUUUACAAAGGGACACUUCACACACACACACACACACACACACACACACGGGCAGUUGUGUUCAAACACACUGUAAACUGUCAAAAGACGAGCACUGAUUGACCUUCUAUGAACCCUCAUAUCAGCAGAACCUCAGCCUCUGCUUCACAGAACAAAACCAUUUCCACAAGUUUCUACUGAAUGACGAGUGGAGCUUCAGCGUCCACCUUAAAGAACAGCAUCAGUGGUUCCAUCAAAUGGCAAGAGAAUUUAAGGUGAAAUGUCCCCCCCAAAAAACAAAAAAAGCUAAAGUUGUUUUUCAUUUCAAAUGUUUUUUUCAAGGACUGAUGUUGUCCUGUCCUCAGUCCAGACAAGCCGACAGAUUAUUGAUUAUUGAUUCCAUGUGUGUUGGAUCAGAUCUUCCAUUGGAUCAUUAUUGCACUGAUCAAUAUGUUUCUGAUGCAAAAUGAUCGGAAAGCCUCCUGAUGUAGGGUUUGGGUUACCCAACCCCAACCCUAAUCCCAGCCCUAACCCCAACCAUAACCCCGACCAUAACCCUGAGUCUGAGCACGGAGCUCAGUUCGACUGAAGUAUGAAGACUGGACUGGCUUUAAUGGAAGAAGGUCAUGUGGUCUAAUGAGUCCACAGUGACCCUGGUCCAGAGGGACGGGUGCAUCAGGCUGAGAAGAGAGGUGGAUGAAGUGAUUACCCAUCAUGCCUAGUGCCUAUGCUAUAAGCCUGUGGGGGUAGUGUUAUGAUCUGGGGUUAUAAUGGUUCCUUUUCUGUUUGGUCAGACAUAAAAACAGUAGAUUUUUGACCUGUACACGUUUGGGUUCCACCUGUGUCCGCCCUCAGAAGGGUCACAUGAUGUUCCUGUGACGUGUCUUGUCAGCUGUUUUAUCCAGGUUUACCAGACAACAGGGGACAGCUGUGUCCCCUGUUGUCUGGUAUCCAUCCUGCAGUAUCCUUAUCCCACACCUGGGACGCUGUCCUCUGCAGCAGUAAUCCAGAACCUAAAGGACAUUUGUGGGCUUCCAUGAGUCAGAGCCGUCCAUCUGAUUCAGUCGUCUCUGUCUGGUCCUAGUUCUGAGGGUCAUGUGACUUCACAGAAAUGUGUUUCCAAAUCCAUAGACACAUGGACAUACGGGGUUUUGGUACCGUACUGUAAGUAUGAAGGCCAUCUUACCAUUAGAAGACAUCUGAUUGGAUGGUCAGACGUGGAAGCGGUUCUUGAGCUGCAGAUACUCAUGAGUGUACAGCUGUAUAUAGGAGCACUGGAGGACGGUCCCCAGAUGGGCUCAGCACCAACACACACACACGCAGUGCUUUACUUUGACCCCUACUUGACCCCUGAUCUGGUUUCUGUUCUGCGUCGGUUUCAGUCCAGACUGUUGUGCUUUUAUUUUCACAUCUUUUGCAACUGUUACAGAUUGUCCUUUGUUGGCUAUAUAAAUAUAUAUAAAUACAUAUAUAUAUAUAUAUAUAUAUAUAAAUAGAUGCAGAUAUGUAUGUAUGUGAACAUAAAGUUUUUCCUUCUAAAGGUGCCACCUCAUGCUGCUGUUUGGAUUAUUUGGUUCAUUUUUGGACAGAACUCAGUCUUUUUGGUUUAUUUUUAGACAGAACUCAGUCUUUUUGGUUUAUUUUUAGACAGAACUCAGUCUUUUUGGUUCAUUUUUGGACAGAACUCAGUCUUUUGCUGAAGUUGUGAUUCUUUCUAUGACGCAGAUGCCUGAACAAACACACACUGUGGAUGUUUUUUCUAAUGUCCUGCCUUUUCAUUUGUGUCUCGUUUCUUUUCCCUGCCCAUGUGACGGACGUAUUGGAAGGUCAAAUCUGUCCUAGGUGGUGACACAUCCGAGAAUAGCACAUGUACGAAGCAAUAAGUCGGACUUUGGAUCUCCAGGACAUCAAAGACGUUGAAAAGAGAUGUAUAAAAUGUAAAAA